AUGGCUUCCCUCGUCAACGUCCGCCGCGAUGUCAGCGACCCCUUCUAUCGCUACAAGAUGGAGCGCCUCCAGACCAAGAUUGAAGGCAAGGGUAACGGCAUCAAGACCGUUGUUACCAACUUGAGCAGCGUCGCUCAGUCCCUGGCUCGCCCGGGCAGCUAUCUGAUCAAGUACUUCGGCUUUGAGCUCGGCGCUCAGACCAACCUGGACCCCGCCGAUGACCGCUGGAUCAUCAACGGCGCCCACGAGGCCCAAAAGCUCCAGGAGCUCCUUGACGGAUUCAUCUCCAAGUUUGUCCUCUGCAAAAAGUGCAAGAAUCCCGAAACCGACGUCCAGAUCAAGGACGGUCGCAUCACGCUCGACUGCAAGGCUUGUGGCCAGCGCACUGAGGUCGACCUUCGCCUGAAGCUCAGCGGUUUCAUGCUCAAGAACGUGCCCAAGAAGACCAAGAAGGACAAGGCCGAGCGUCGUGCUGAGCGUGCCCGCAAGGCCAAGCAGAACGGCAAGUCCGACGGCGACCAGGGCUCUGGGGGCGAUGACAACUCCGACCAGGCCUCGCCCACCGCCGAGGACAAGGGCGCGGAGAGCGACGACGACGCUCUGACCCGUAAGAUCAAGGCCGAAGCAGAGGUUCUCGCGAACAAGAAGGUCGAAGUCAAGGACGACGAUUGGGCUGUGGACAUGAGCGAGGAGGCCGUCAGAGCCCGCCAGCAGCAACUACCUGGCGAGUUCAAGGCGAAGCUCGUUCUGAAUGGCGACGACGAGGAUGAAGAGGGCGAGGGCGGUGGAAACACAGUUUACGACCAGCUGGGCACCUGGAUCCAGGAGCAGGCAGAGGCGAAGGACGGCAUCAACAAUGUCGACAGCAUUGACAUUUAUGUCAAGGCGAAGGAGCUGGGCAUCGAAUCCAAGCAUCGCACUGUUCUGGUCUUGGUGCAGACCAUUUUUGACCAGAACAUCUGCGCCCAGAUCCCCAAGCGUGCCUCUAUGUUGAAGCAGAUCAUCACGAGUGAACGUCACGAGAAGGCCCUCCUGGGCGGCACUGAGCGACUCAUUGGCCACCUGAGUGGUGGGCACCCGGACAUGAUCGACAAGGUUGUUAAGAUCCUGCAGCUCUACUACCACCACGACCUCGUCUCCGAGGAGGUUGUGACCAAGUGGGGCUCCAAGGCUUCCAAGAAGUACGUCGACCUGUCCACUUCCAAGAAGGUCCGCAAGGCUGCCGAGCCCUUCAUCAAGUGGCUCCAAGAGGCCGAGGAGGAGUCGGACGAGGACGACGAGUAG